CGGAGUUGUCAAAAGUGCCGCAGACGACGCACAGUACUGCGGAACAGAAAAACAUUUGCUAGAAAAACUCGGAUUAUCGUUAGUGAAAUGGAAUCGAAGGAUGUGUCGUUAAUUAUCAAAUGGAGCGGAAAGGAAUUCGUCAUCGAGGACCUUACCGAACACGAUACGGUGGCUGUUUUGAGGCACGAAAUAUGCAAAAAAACACAAGUGCGGCCCGAGCGACAGAAGUUGCUGAAUUUGAAGCACCAAGGCAAACCAGUUACUGAUGACGUUAAAUUGGGUGUUCUGGAACUGAAACCUAAUUUCAAAGUCAUGAUGGUUGGUUCGCUGGAAUCGGACAUCGAAGAGGCCUCUUCACGACCCGACGACGUUGGUAGCGUUGUGAACGAUCUGGACAACGAGGAGGAAGAUAAUGUCCCGUUCGAAAAUAAGGACGUUUAUUUGGCAAAAAUCAACAAACGAAUCAAGGACUACACCAUAAAAGAAUUGAAUCCACCGCGCGAAGGCAAACGUCUGCUUGUGUUGGAUAUUGAUUACACUAUCUUUGAUCAUCGAUCGGCUGCCGAGAAUGGAGCUGAACUGAUGAGACCGUACUUGCACGAAUUUCUAUCGUCGGCUUACCAGCACUACGAUAUAGCAAUAUGGUCUGCUACCUCAAUGCGAUGGAUUGUGGAGAAAAUGAAGCUGCUCGGUGUGACGGACGAAUCGAGAGAUUAUAAGCUGGUGUUUAUGUUGGACGAUGCGGCAAUGAUAACGGUGCUGUGCCCAUUACGAGGCGUCAUAGAGGUAAAACCGCUCGGAGUAAUCUGGGGCAAGUACAGUCAAUACUCGUCCAAGAACACCAUUAUGUUUGACGAUUUGCGACGUAACUUUCUGAUGAACCCAAAGUCGGGGUUGCGCAUAAAGCCUUUUUCCGAGGCGCAUCUAAAUCGGCACAAGGAUAAGGAAUUGGUAAAGUUGGCGAAAUAUUUGAAAGCGAUCGCUGAAAAUUGUGACGAUUUUGAUACGCUCAAUCAUCGAAGAUGGGAAGAUUAUCUGUCCAAGAAACGAUCUCAUUGAUGUGCAAAU